UGCAGCUGGAACCCCCAGUCAGGUCUGCGUGGAUAUGGAGAUGAGACUAAAAUGUGCAGUCCCCAACGAUCAGCUUCCAGAACCCGACUUUCAGUGGUCGCUGAACGAGAUGGAUAGCGGGAGCACGCGGGGAGCGGUCAGACCAUGGAAAUGCUGGGACGAACCGCUUGUGCAACUUGUUUCCCCUACUAAAGGAAACAUAUUCGGUUAUGCAGACGGUAAGGGAAUGAAGCAGAGGUAUGGUCCAAACUCACAAUUCAACCGAUGCGCAGUCGCGACCAACGGACUCUCAAGUUUGGCUUUUCAACCGUUCGUCCAAAGCUGUCUAACCGACAUCGCAUGCUGCAACCAGACCGAGGGCAUUACUGUGAGUUUCUGGUUAAGAAAUGGAACCGAUGACAACGACGACCGGUCUCUGCCCAUCCACGUGUUUCGCUCUCCUUACCUGAUCGCCACUCUGCAGGAAGACCACCUGGUUGUCUCCUGUUACCAUGGAGAUGGAACGUCCACCAAAAGAGCUGAGGUACCAAGGUCCGAAUGGAGGUUCGUGACUUUAUCCUGUAACACCGAUCUGCAGAUCUACUUCAGCUCUAGAGAAGUCACUGAAGAAACGAGUCAUCAGUCCUUGGAUGGAGCGAGGUUGUCCUUGGACGAGUUUCGAGCAGCGAACACAUCUUUUCACUUACUGACUGCGGGGGACAGUGAGGGUUUGACGUCAUCGGAUAUUCGUCCAAUAUCGAUCACGGAUCUAAGGGUUUAUUACGGCAUGCUUUCGCCUGAAGAUGUGGAACGAGUGUUUCAACACGAACAGGACAGAGAUCUUCCCGCAAAGGUCAUACGAAUGACCACGCAAGGGCAUUGGUUCAUCUCUUUCACGGGAGAGAGUAUGAAGCACGUCUUUCUCAAGUGCAUGGUACGUGUUUAUACGGACGAGAACGACGAUGAAGCACGACUGCGGGUCCGUUUUAUGCACACGGAUGAUGUCGACAAUGGUCCCUUUGAGGAGAUGACUUCGGAGGACUUCAAAAUGAGAGUUUAUCGUAGGCGGAAGAGUGGCUAUGAAGUACAAGUGAGGGCCCAGAUACUCGGCCGAACCGACGGAGCGGAGCUGCCGCAGUACUUCACCUGUGACGUGGCGGCUGACAGUAGCCUUGGUAACAUCAGUAAUUACGGGUUUGAGAUCAUCAGUGUGCAGAGCAUUGCAGAAUGUAAGUACCCUCAGUUUUCCCUCUUACAAUCUAUCACAUAAUCAGCAUUUAUUUUCUCAGAAUUUCUGAAUGAGGCCUACACUAUGAAUGCUUCCUACACUAUGAAUGCUUACUCAUAAUACGGGCCGACUGAGGGGGAUUUUUAAAAAUAUUUUCGCCAGGACUUGUGAAUCCGAUGCGAAACGACAGUGGGAAUUGCGAUAUAAUAGGCCGUUUGGAGGCUUAACUCAGAGUAAGCAUACAGAUCCUUGCGAUCAACUGCGAAAGUUCCGCACGACUACUGCCAUUUGUUGUGCUAAAAUAUGAUAUACCCCCAUUUAGCUGACUUGGUAUUUAAUGAGAAUUUAUUCAAGGGCUCCGUUCGCUCUUGAAAUUAACUUUCUCUGCAAUAGUUCCGAGGGUCCUUGUACCAUAUGUACAGAAAUUGUUCAUUGUUUAUCUCAGAUGUUCAUAAUCUAAAAUUUGAAUGUGAAAUAAGUGUACAAGAUUAUUAUUUCCGCUCUGUACGGUUUCUGUGUAUGCCUUUUUGUUGCUGUUAAUUAUUCAUGUUAUUUGUGGUAAUCUGUUGUAAGUAUGUAACUCUUUGUACAAACAUGUAUAUAGAAUUGACUUCGUUGAAAAUUUACUGACCAUUAUAGGUUGAUAAAGAUAUCUUCUGAAAAGAUAUUUACGAUCCUCAUCAUCUAAAUCUCUUACAAAUUCAUAAGCAAUCAUGCGGGAUCGGGCCUUUGCUCAUGCAGGGCCUAUAUAGCCUGUGAUUCUCUCCCACUAGAGUUUGAAAACCCAAGUUCAGUGACCACCUUCAAGGUCAACCAGAAAAAAUACAUGUAGAAGAGUGCUGUUGCUAGACAUUGACAUAUUGUUCAGACAUGUAUUGCAUGUAAAUAGUUUUUGUUGUUCUGCUCUGAAGCGCC